UGAACAAAAUUGGAAACAAAUUUGGUAAGAUUGGUAAAACUAAAGGUUCUGAACCACCAUCAAUUUCGACCGGAACUGAUUCUGAUAUGGAAGCUGUAGAUGAAGCACUUGGUGAUGAGUUGGAGAAGGUGUCGUCCCUUUCACGGAGCUCCAGUGAGAGGAGCAGUGGAAAGAGGCAAAAGAAAGAACUCAGUGAGACAGUCUCGUCCAAGUUAUCAGAGGACGAGGGACUGUCUUGUCCCACACCUCCUCCCCCUCCCACCAAGAUCGUCCCGGGUUCUAAACCAAACAAACAUCGAAAACUCGCCCCCACUUCCUCCCCGGAAUCAGUCGACAUCCGGACCCACACUGGAUAUGGUCAUUCCGGCACCGGAAAGGGCGCCGUCGUCUCAUUCCACAGGUGACCUUCGUCGUAAAGGUCAGCUGAGUGUGAGCAAGGACAGUUACCUCCAUGGCCAACAUCUCAAGUCCGCAUCACUUGGAGACGUCCCUGCUUCCAUGGACCACACAGAUGGCAAUGGCGAGGAAUUUCCAGAUGGCUAUGUGGAUUAUGACCCUUCCACUGGGCGGACUGGCAAGACAGAAUCUGUCGACAGGAGAGAUUUUGCUAAGACAUCUGUGAAGAAAAAGAAAGGAUCUUUCUUCAGAAAAACUGCCACAGCUGAUGACCGGCCAGCAUCUAGCACCUCAUCAUCUGGGUACAUCUACCCCGAAACUGAUCAAUGGAGUCCUGCUGGAGUAGAGGGACAGUCUCUAUACCAAGAUCUUGAUGAUGAUCAGGUGUACGGCCGACUGGGUAAAGAGAUGAAGAUAAAAACAAGCAAGUUUGUCAAUGAGCCUCUCUAUCAGUAUUACACGAAGGAGAACGUCAUCCGAGCUAACCGCAAACUGAAGAUGGAGGAGGCCAUUAGUGAUGAUGAUAAUGUUGUUAAGAGAAAGAGAAAGAAAGAAGGGGGAAUAUACGAAGAUGUGGAGCAGAUGAUGCAAGAUGGGAUACUGACAGAGGAGGAGGCCAAAUCUGCGGAGGACAUCUCGCCAAGCAAACGCUCCACCAUGUUGGAAGUCCUCGGACGAACAGGAUCACUGCACAGAGCCCUCUGGUGUGAGAUGCCGGAGGUUAAGGAUAAGAAGGUGCUUGAGACAAUGGAACCGCAAGAGAGGAAACUGCAAGAGGCGAUGUUUGAGAUAGUAACAUCGGAGGCUUCGUAUCUGAAGAGCCUUAACAUCCUCAUCACGGUGUUCUUGAUCGCACCCGAGUUCUCUGCCGACCACUCCGACCGCUGUGUUGUGACUAAGAGGGAGCGCCAAGUGCUCUUCUCUAACAUCGGUGCUAUUAGAGAUGCCAGUGAAAAAUUCCUUGCUGACCUGGAGGAGAGGUGGCAGACCAACUGUGUGAUGAAUGACAUCUGUGAUAUCAUCUACAAUCACUCCCUGAAGAACUUUUAUGGGAAACGCGUAGAGUACGUAGAUGCUGUGCGUCGUCUAGAGCGUAAUCCUGAGUGCCAGUCACUGCCAAUGUCGUCGUUCCUGUUGCUGCCGAUGCAGAGAAUCACCAGACUGCCACUUUUGGUGGAUGCCAUUUGUCACCGUCUCGAACCAGGUUCUGAUCGACACAAGUCUUCUGCCAGGGCUCUGGAAAAUCUCCACAGGGUGGUGCGGAAGUGCAAUGAUGGAGCGAAAAAGAUGCAACAGACAGAGCAGAUGUGUAUCUUGGCUUCACAGCUAGACUUCAAGGUCAAGGAAAUCCCACUCAUCUCAUCCUCACGAUAUAUUGUAAAACAAGCGGAGCUUACCCGUAUCAGCACCGACGCCAGUAGCCGCAUACCGUUUGGCAAGGCAUUCAGAGGACCCAGCAAGCAGAACAUGUACCUGUUUCUGUUCAACGACAUGGUCAUGAUCACCAAGAAGAAAGGCAACUCUUACUCUGUGACUGAUUAUUGCCAACGGAACUCUCUUCACGUGGAGGCAAUAGACAACGUAGAGAAGUGUCGCCUGCUGCCCCAGGGUGUGCCCCAUGGCUGCAAGAACCUGUUCCUGCUUGUCAUGUUGGAGAACUUCGAGAAGAAGCAGGUUGAGAUGGUCCUGGCAUGUCCAUCAGCGAGCGACAGGACUCGGUGGAUUGAUGCAGUCACUCCAGUACAGACAUCGGAAACAGAAAGAAUUUAUGAAGACUGGGACUGCCCCCAGGUGCAGUGUGUGAAGAAGUAUGUAGCCCAGGAACCGGACGAGUUGAGUCUGGAGGAGUCGGAUGUGGUCAACGUCUACAAGAAGACUGAGGACCAGUGGUAUGAGGGAGAGCGUAUUCGUGACGGUGAACGGGGCUGGUUCCCAGCAUGCUACACAGAAGAAAUCAUGAACUCACACGUUCGAUCCCGUAAUCUACGCCUUAGGUACCGGCUACUGUUGGCAUCGCAACAAUACACGGAAACGGUCGCCAAAUAGUCAUGUGACGAUCGAAAACAAUGCAAAUUAGUAGAGACACAAUUUCAAGAUGUUGCUAAGCAUCCACUAAGACGUUUCAUAAAGUGAAUUUCAGAUGCUUCUAUAUGAAGUUUAGCAGCAUAAAUGACAUUUCAAAUGAAGAUUUUGCAUGGUAUAUAUGCAGUAAAGAACAUGAGGACGAUUAUUGCCAAGUGUGGCAUCAUUUAAAUGUCAUGUGAUCAGAAACUAUGUACAAACUAGUCGUGUGACCUUUGACAGUCUUUUUGACGUGUCAUGUGAUGUGCGGGUCACAGUAGUCUACUCGAAGAUUGAGUUGCACUCAACUUACAUAUCAGACUCUCAUGACCAUGUUAUUGUAUGUUGAUUGUAUGAAGUUAUUUUGUUGAUAUUGAGCAUCAGUGGAUUCUAGCCUGGGUGUUUUACUGCUCCUUGUUCACCCAACAUUCAGCUAGAUCUUGUUCCUGUGGCCAAGUCUCUGUGAAAUUCUUCGUCAGUAUUUGUACAUUGUGUACUAGAAUGUGAUACCAGCUUGAGUGAUGAUGUUGCAACAGUUUGUGUGGUCUGGGGCUGUACAGAACACAGUGAUGGGGGACAUGUAAAGCGGGACAUGUAAAGUCACACUGACUGGUGUAUGUGAUUGGUUAACAGCAUGUGAAGACUGGUCAUGGUCAAAUACCUUUGAUGCGUCAAGGUACUUGGUGAAUGUAUGUGAGGUCAGUCUGACCUUUGAUGUGAUUGGUUAAAAGCAUGUGAAGGCUGGACAUGGUCAAAUACCUUUGAUGGUUCGAGACACGUAAUGGAUAUUUGUUGGUUUGAUCUGUAUAUUCUGAGUUAAUACUAUGUGAAGAUUGGACAUGGUCAAGUUCCUUUGAUGCGUCAAGGUACUUGGUGAAUGUAUGUGAGGUCAGUCUGACCUUUGAUGUGAUUGGUUAACAGCAUGUGAAGAUUUAACAAGGAUAAGUACCUAUGGUACGUGGUUGAUGUAUGUGAGGUCAGUCUGACCUUUGAUGUGAUUGGUUAACAGUAUGUGAAGAUUAAACAAGGAUAAGUACCUAUGGUACAUGGUUGGUGUAUGUGAGGUCACUCUGACCUUUGAUGUGAUUGGUUAACAGCAUGUGAAGAUUAAACAAGGAUAAGUACCUAUGGUACAUGGUUGAUGUAUGUGAGGUCACUCUGACCUUUGAUGUGAUUGGUUAACAGCAUGUGUAGGUUACACAAGGGGAUGAAUGACUACAGUCGGUGUGACGUGUAUGAUGUGAUCAACCAAUACCAACACGGUGUGAUGCUGCAUGAGUUGGAAUUAUGGCCAUGGUUUGAUCAAGGUCAGCUUGACCUCAGAGAGUAUGGAACUGGGUCAGCUUGAUCUGAGUUUUGGAAUAAGGGCAACUGCUUUAAUGUUUCUUCAAGUCAUGUCAGAAGGAUAGAAGAGGGUCAAGCACACAAAAGAGACUUCAAGGUAAGGACCUGAAGGAUUGAAUUGAGCCAAGGCAUAGUUGCUCCUUAAGGUCUCCACCAGCAUGACUAGAAGGAUGGAAUCGAGUCAAGCCAUCACUGAUUUUCAAGGUCAAGCUGCCCUGAAGUCUCUGACAAGGCAUAUUCCAUUUUAUUUGCUUAACUUCAAUGUAUGAUGUGUACCUGUGGAACGGACCAAACUGUCCUUUAUAUGUACAGUUGAUGUAAAUUAGAGGUGUUGUUUCAUGGGUCCAAUCCAUCAGCCUGACCUUGCUGAUCAAGUGAUUCAAGGGUUUUACAUGAGAGUCAACAAAUGUGAAACAAACUGAGUGUAAACAUCCAAAUGAUGGCAUAUUUUAACAUGUUCAGCCUGGAACACACGACUGAAUUUUUAUCCUUUUAACAUAUUAAAGUUAAAUUGGAAAAGGUAUAUGUGAAAUACAGUUGCUCAACUUAACAAAGGACUGAUCUAGUGCAUAGAUAUUACAUGAAGCACCUGGUGCAAAGACAGAGAAAGAACUGUCAGAAACUGUUGCCCACUUGAUAUGCUGUUCCCAUGGAACUACUAGUAUCAUCUUUGUCAUGCAAAAUGAAUAUGCUGUGACUUUUAUUUCAUGACUUGGGAUACAACAUGUUGAUUAUUUGGCAGACAUGUGUUUGUGUUUCUGGUUAUUGCUGCUAUUAGUGCCUAUUAGCACCAAAGGUGAGAUUUCAUGAAAUGUUCCUUAUCUGGUUGCCAUGGUUACUCUACCAAGGGUGUCCAGUCAAAUACUCUGUAAGCUAUGCUAAGCAGAUACUUUAAUAUGUACCACAAGUCUACAGUAUGUACAUAGUUCAUUUAUUACACCUCCAGGUAUUGUUUCAUUUGGCAUUAAUGGUUUUUGAUAUUAAAUACGCGUUUGUGAUUAUUGUAAAGAAAAUAUGUAUUUAUGUUUGUAAUCAGGAAAUCAUAUAUCUCAUAAUUAUUCAGUUUUCAACUGUGGUUCUUUUGUAAGAAUGGUUAACACUGCUGACAUUAGUAAGGGAUUUCAAUGCUGUAUUUAAGAUACUUAGUGCCCUGAACAUGAUUAGAUUUACUAUAUACUCCAACCAUUUAUGCAUGGAGUUGUUAGCCAAAGGGUAUCAGAAAAUUAUCAUACUUUAGCGAGGAUCUGCUUCUCAUUGGUUGGAAUCCUAUAUGUGUCUCAGUUAUCAUUUUCUCUACCUGCCAAUUUUUAUUAUUUUUGUGUGAAGAUUGGACAUGGUCAAGUUCCUUUGAUGCAUCAAGGUACCUGGUGAAUGUAUGUUAGGUAUGUCUGACCUUUGAUGUGAAGAUUAAACAAGGAUAAGUACCUAUGGUAUAUGGUUGAUGUAUGUGAGGUCAGUCUGACCUUUGAUGUGAUUGGUUAACAGCAUGUAUAUACUAUAUACUAGUAGUUGAUAUCUGGUUGAAGUCACAGAGUGUAAAGAAAAAACAGAUUGCUAAAACUAGCUGGCUUAUUAUGAACAACUUGCAAUAUGUCACAGUGAACAUGUGUUAAUUUGAAUGGUUCAUCCUCAAAUAAUUAUAAGGGGUUAGUAUCUUAAGGCCAUUGGCAGUCAGUAAAACCAGGAAAUGUACUAAUGUCUUAAAAAUAUACUGAAAGAAACAAAUAAAGGAACACAAGGAAAUUCAAGUGUUCCUUAAAUAUUUUCAAGUUUUCAUCACCAACUUUGAAAGCGCUGUGGGAGGAAGUCUGAGAAUAGAUAAAGGAACAUUGCCAUGAAGUUAUGUUCCCUUAUUUGUUUCCCUCAGUAUA